ACACAGAAAAAGGAAGCUCUGGCGCCGCCAUUUCACGUGCAACGAGUUGAGAGAACGGUGUGUGAGGUAGACCUGGAAAUCGGCAAAACAACAUCGAAUUUCACAACAACAAAAAAAACGAUUUUCAUCGGAAAACAAGUCCCAAAUUGUCUGUUUUCGAUUUUUAAUCGUCUGGCUGUUUCAUAUUGAGGAGCAGAGAUGAGCUACGGAAGGCCCCCGCCCGAUGUCGAGGGUAUGACCUCGCUCAAAGUGGACAAUCUCACCUACCGAACCUCUCCUGAGACACUACGACGAGUUUUCGAGAAGUACGGCCGGGUGGGAGACGUUUACAUCCCCCGCGAUCGGUACACCAAGGAGAGCCGCGGGUUCGCUUUCGUGCGGUUCCACGAUAACCGCGACGCUGAAGACGCAAUGGACGCGAUGGACGGGGCCUUGCUUGACGGGCGGGAACUGCGAGUCCAGAUGGCGCGCUAUGGCCGUCCACCAGACUCUCACUUCGGGCGCCGAGGCGGCGGUGGACCCCCAAGGAGGCACGGAGGCUACGGUCGCAGGAGCAGGAGUCGUUCGGCCAGCCCCCGUCGGCGCAGACGCAGUCGUUCCCGGAGCAGGAGCCGCUCCCGUGGCCGUGACUACAGCCGCUCCCGGUCUCGUUCCUACUCUAGAUCCCGUUCUAAGUCCCGCACCCCCCGCAAGAGCAAGUCCCCAUCUCGAUCGAGAUCCCGUGGUGCUUCCAGGUCCCGCUCCCGCAGCCCGGCUUCCAACAGAGGCUCCAAAUCCAGGUCGACGUCCAAGAGCAGGCCCAAGUCCCCCGAGGACAACGGAACCGACUCCUAGUAACAUCAGCUCCAACCUGGAGCCAUUAAAACGGUGAGAUACGAUGGAGACUUCUUCUCUGCGGACGCCAACCAGAUCAUAAGUCUGCCAGUGGACACCUCUCUAUGCCCCACAGAAUACUGACCAAAAGGUUAUUGCGACUUGGUCUAAAAUGAUUUAUUUGGUUUCAGUUGCCCAGAAAGACUCUACUGUAUAUUUACCAAGGCAAUGUAACUCCCAUGACUAGAGUAGAGGACAUGUUUAUAGGUUUUGUGAGGUGAAUACUGGAUUUUGUCUUAUUGUUAGUGCUGGUUUGUUGCAAUUUUGAUUUGAUCUUGUUAAUAAAACAUUUUAUGGUGAAGUAGCUACAGCUUUUCUAAUUAUUUAGUAGUCUUUUAUUCUCUACAGACUGUUUUUUUUAAUGAGUUAACGGUGUUUUUUUCUUUUGCAGAGUUGAUUUUAGCAAAGGGAGAGUGACUAGUCCCUAAAUAUUUUCCAUUAUUUUCUAAGCAAAACCAGUAAUGUGUAGAGGGAAAUGAAAAGGAACAAUAAUAAGCCAAUAUUGUAUUGAAUGUUACGUGUUAUGUAAUUGGUUAACCUGCCAUCAGUGGCUAUUUUACUUUUUUGCAUUACGUAUGUAUACAAGAUCCUUUUUUUUUUUUUUCUUGCCGUUUCUCUGUUAUAAGUUUGCUUUCCUGUGAAUUCUAACCCUCCUCUCUUGUUAUCUUUUGUGCAUUAGGCGCAGUUGUGUAGCAGUUGAGUAUUGCUGGUUAGCUGUUAAGGUGCGAUGCAGUGCUGAUGGUGAGGUGGCAGUGCAGUGGCUGGCGGGGGUGUUGCGGUACCCUGUGAGUGCCCGGUGCAGUUGUCGCCCGGCGCUCGUCUUGGUGCUACUGCUGCCGUUUGCCUUGUUCUGGUUUGUAAGAGUCAAUCACAGCUGUGGUGGUAGAUCUGAUCACGCCAUCUCUCCCCAUGUGUUGUUCUCAUAUGGUCUCUUCCCAUUCCUGAUGUACAAAUACACUCCUCUUUCCCAUUCUCUCUAUCCCAACCCUAGCCUGGUGGAACCAGCCUGAUCGCUGCGUUUUAACGUUUGUUCGAUCAAGCAUGUUCCACCAGGCUAUCCCAAACCCCCCUCCAACUGGUUUAGUCCCUCUGUUGUGAGCUGGUUGUACAUUGUUGAUGGAAGGGUCUUAUGGCUCGAUAGUGGAGGGUUUGAUGAAGGGCAUUCCACUAGCUUAACAAAUGAAUCUGUGUGUACCCUCCCAAAUGUCUUGUAACUGCUUUAGGUGAAUGCUAAUAAACAUUUGUGGAUAA